UCUUUGAAAUGAAUCAACCAAACGAAUCGAUUCCCCAAAUGGAUCCUCUCAGCGCUAGAGAGACACAUCGGGGUGUGUGAUCCUCAGCAGAUGCAGAAUUAUUGUAUUAAACAGCCAUCGUUUCAGUGUCUUAACCUUAGAGACACUGCAACCUCGACUGAUUUUCAUAAAGCCAUUAUGAAUUUGUAGUACAAGAAGAAGAAUCAUGUUCGUGAACACGGCAUUAGUCGUUAUUUCUUCACUGAUGGGAUUGCACGUCACAGGGGGCAUCUCUGUGGAUGAUGAAGUUUAUCAGAUACCGCAUCGGCGCAUGGCUAACGGAUUGACUGGCCCUGUAUACCAGCACAUGGGUGUUCUCAGUCAGGAAAAGGCUUUAGGAUUUAAUGGGGAAUUGCUUCAGGCCCAGUCCCGUGGACGGGUGGCUAAACUGAUGCCUGCAGUGUUUCUAGAAUCCCAUUUCCAGAGAACUCCACAGAGGCAAUCAGAUGUCAACUUCCUGCGAAACAUUGACCAUGUGGAGAACAAGCCUGUAUCUGCCCACCAUACGGUCACAAUGGAGGAGAAUGAUAACAUUGAGCUGUAUGUGUCGUCUGUUGGAGCAUCAGAACCUGUGGCUCAUGAGGAAAUGAUCCGAUUGCUCAACAUCAACACCCUUCACCACAGCUCUGGGCCGCUUGCCACCACUGAAGCAUCCACUGAGAAGACUGUUUUCAAAGACCACCAUGAGAAGAACAGCAUUUGGGGUAAAGACGGCUUCUAUGUGCUGGUUAUCUGCCUCACAAUAUUCAUCAUCGUCUUCACCUGUUUAAUGGUGCUUUACCGAAUAAAGGAGAAGGAAUUCUUGGAUCAUCAGCUUAAAGACCCAUCCCCACCCAGCCGGGACGUACAGCUGGCACCCAUCCCUGUUCAUGGUGCUCAGCCCCCUCUGACCCUCAAGAACAGUAUGGUCCAGGCCAACCAGACGUCCAAACCCAGUGCCAUCCAUUCUACCAGCAGCACAAGCUCCCCAUCCUGUAAUAUCAGCAUCCAUCAGACCCAUUCCAGUGUGACAACGUCAGAGCCGCAGUGCCCACCCGGCCACUCUGUGGCUGAGCUCAAACCCACUGUGUCCUCCACACAUUCACCCUUUAGGAUGAAGCCGGUUGCAGGCCUGCAGGAGCGACGGGGAUCUAAUGUCUCGCUGGUGCUGGACAUGAGUGCUUUGGGUUCGGUGGAGCCUUUGAGUAGUGGGGUCGUGACCCCACGAGAGCGUGUAACUCAGGAAUACCUGCAAUCAGCCGGCCGGGUCCUCUCACGACAACAGCUUCGUGACAUCACACUGAACAGACAGAUGCUGCAUGCAGAGUUUGCCGAAAUUCCGAUGAACUUUGUGGAUCAGAAAGAACUGGAUAUCCCAAAUCAUGGAUCAAAGAAUAGAUACAAGACCAUUUUGCCAAAUCCACAUUCCAGAGUUAUUCUGAAGACUAAGAACUCAAACGACCUGCUCAGCAGUUACAUUAAUGCCAACUACAUAAGAGGCUAUCUUAGAGAUGAGAGAGCCUUCAUUGCCACUCAGGGUCCAAUGAUCAACACGGUGAAUGACUUUUGGCAAAUGGUCUGGCAAGAGGACUGCCCUGUCAUCGUCAUGAUUACUAAACUGAAAGAGAAAAAUGAAAAAUGUGUUCUGUACUGGCCUGAGAAGAGGGGGAUCUAUGGAAGGGUGGAGGUCUUUGUUAAUAAUGUGAAGGAAUGUGACCACUAUAUAAUCCGCUCCCUUAUACUAAAGCAAGGAGGCCAGAGUCGUAAAGUGCAGCACUACUGGUAUACUUCAUGGCCAGACCAAAAGACCCCAGAGAGCGCUGGACCCCUGCUGCAGUUAGUGAAUGAUGUUGAAGAGGACAGGAGAGGCUUUACAUACUGUGGGCCGAUUAUUGUACAUUGCAGUGCUGGAAUUGGUCGGACGGGGUGUUUCAUAGCCACAACAAUCGGAUGUCGUCAGUUGGAGCUGGAGGGAGUUGUGGAUGUGCUGGGAAUUGUGUGCCAACUUCGGACAGACAGGGGCGGUAUGAUCCAAACGGAGGAACAAUAUGAAUUUGUGCAUCAUGCCUUGAGUCUCUAUGAAAGCCGCCUUCCUGCAGAGCCUGGACAAUGAACAGCCAGAGGAGCUUCAAUUUUCAUACCAAGAGAUCUGCUAUUGCCAUGAGCUUUCUGAUUCAGGAGAGAAGGCGGCAGAUAAUGUUUGUGAAGAUGGAGCUUUGUGGAAUUUGGUUAUGUGCGUGUCAAGGCAAGGGUUGCACACAUCACAACUCUGGAAGCCGUUAUUGCUGGAAAAUGUAUUUCUUGUCAUAACUUUUCAAUAGCCUCUGCCAUGCUUUUCAAGGCCACUAGUGUUAAGUGUCACUGUACAAGGUCUAGUUCCACUAAAUAAUGCUUUUUUAAAACAGUAUACACAGCAUAAAGACUUUUAUAUUGUUUUCCUUCAUUUUAUCUGAAUAUAGAAUAUAUAAAACACCAACUGGGCAUUUUAAAAAUUCUGAAUUGUCUUCAUGAUGCAGUAUAAAUGAGGUAUUACAAUUCUGUGUAUCAUAAUAUGAUCACCAGAUGUUUCAUUAGAAUACGUCUUUGUUUUUCACUUUUGUACUCAUUGGUCAAGAGUUUGUAGGCGUAUUUUUUCUGCUGAUGCAGAACACAAUUUUAAAAUAUUCAGACUUGUGUUUCCUGUGUUGCUGCUACUGAAUCUACAGUGCCGCAAAAGAAAUGUUUUGUUUGAGCUGCAGUUCGCAGUCUGAAUUGAAUGUUAUGAGAGAGAAAGACUGGAUGCCUCAGAAUUUCUAUUGCGCUGGCGUUGCUGAAUGCACAUAAUGACAAACCAACAGCAAACCCAGAACAAAUGACUUUUAUGAGUGGAUUCCUUUAAAUAACUAACACAUAUGGAAUUCAUGAUCAUUUUAAUUGUUCUAGAGACUCACUAAAUCUGAUAAAUAAUGAAUUUUAAUAAAUAUCUAGUCAUGACCAAAAGAAAUAACAUCACAACACAUUUGGGAAAAAUAUGUAAUUAUAUAAAAUAUCUCAAAUUUAGGAGGUUUUACUUGUGUAUAGAGGUGAAAUAAUUAUUAAAUAUUAUUAAUAAUGCAUACACAGUUUUAGUGUGAAGGUUCAUGUAUCCUGGGACCACAAGGGUUUUGCUGCUAAUACUGCAAUUGUUUAUGGCUUUAGAAAUUAAAUAUGUUGUACGAAAGUGAAUAUUUCUAAUACAUUUUUUUUUUCUAUUGUAUUUAUUAUUAUAAAAAUUAUUGUUACUGUUACCUGAUACUUUUAUAAACUAUGGUUAUUGUCAGUGUGCACUUAUGCUAUAUAUUUUCCACUGUGUGGGCUUAAUGUUAGGCAGUCAGUGACUUUCCUAUUUAUGCUUAAUGAUGAUUAAUGUGAAUUGAAUUCUGUAAAUAAUAACCAUCUAUCAUAAUCACAAUAACGAUAUUAUAAACUGCACAUAUGGAUGCCUCAGCCAGCGAGGGUAGCAGUAUAAGCAACCCAAACUGAUGAUCUGAGCUGUUUUUAUAUGAUACUUUGGUUGUGGUAGAAUCGAUUAGCUCUGUGUAUUGGUACAGUAUGUAUAUUAGAAAUGCAUAACUUGGUCCCGAUAAAACAUUAGAAGUUAUUGGUUAAUGCUAUACAGACAGUUCUUUCCAUUUACAUUGUGUGUUUGGUCCUAUAACAAUGUUAAAUCAUCACCUAAAGCCAUAAUAUCUCAUGUUUACAUUUGUGGCACUGCAAGUUCAUCCAAUAUGCUUAUUCUGUUAUUAAACUCUGUCAUGUGAAAAUGUGUUUUUGUAAAGUGAAACUUUGCCUAGUCAGAAAGCAAAGUACAGGAAUUAUGAUGCUGACUUUAUGGUCAUUACUGCCAAUAAAUGAACCCCGGUUUGUCA